AUGACUCCACCAAACCCCCUAACCAUCCCCAUCACCCCAUCCGAAAUAGCCUACACCUCACCCCUCUACACCCCACCAGACGGAUCCCCCCCAACCCGCUCAAAGCGAACAAACAGAUCCUCACGCGAUAGCCCUCCCGUUCUCGAACCCGACGGAUUCAUCGAAGAAGACCUCCGCGCAGGCGGCCCCUUUCUAACAGAUCUGCCCGUCGAGUUCAUUCCAAUGUCGAACUAUCAUCCGUUUAUGUUGAGUCGCGGGCUGUAUGGCGCGGAGCUUCAUCAUUGCAUUGCGAAUAUCUGUAGACGUGGGAUGGGGAGCGUGGGGGUACUUGAAAUCGAGUACUACGAGAGACGCAGCGUCUAUGAUGAAUCUGGACAGAUGAGGUUUACUUGCGUGAUAAAUACCCAGAAGGAAAGGGGUGAUGAGAAGUGGAUUGAUGUUGCACGGGAAGUAUAUGCUGUUCUUCGUGGAAGGGAAGGCAGCAAAGAAGACGAACGGGAAGAGGGACGAGAACCCACUGAUAUUUCUGUCGAGAUCAUCGAUCGCCAAAGACUAGGCCAGCGCCUUCAGUUGGAAUCAUGUACUCCUCAAGAUGCCAUCUACAGCCAAUGGAACCAGGUCCGCAGCCAGAUCGAGAGCCUCCCCACUAGAGGGAUCAACACGAUCAGCUGCUACUGUAUUGGAACCGAGUCUGAUCCCUCGAACUGCGUCCCAACCAUCGUUCUAGGAGUUAACCAUGCGGAGAAUAGGGACUGGACGGCCGUCCGAGAGGAUAUAGUCGAGAUCCUCACUCAGCAUGGUCUUGAUACGGUGGGUGUGCUGAUUCGCAAAGACUCCGUUGGACUUCCUGAUAGGUGGUUCGAUGGUCCGGGACUCGAGAAGUUCGUGGCGGAUGGAACAUCACAUAUCGGGCAGAGCCUGAGUUCUAACAGGAUGCCGUCCAAAAGGGGGACUUUGGGCGGAUACGUCCAGUUGAGAAACCCUACCACGGGGGAGUGGGUCCCUUUCGCGCUCACUUGCUGUCGUUGCGUUUUACCAGCUGGGACAGGGGAGAGUGAGACCACAAAGGAACAACUUGUUGAGAAAUGGAGAGAUUCAGGGGUCCAGGUUGCGGAUGAAGACGCGGCUAGUGUUUUGCUCGUUGAUAGUCCUUCACAGAGCGAGUUCAUAGCCAAGAUCAAAAGUCUGGAUAGUGAAAUCGAGAUGUGGAAAAAUCUCGAUAUCUACAAACAGGUCCAGGCCGCCGAAGAAAACGAAGAGGUUAUCAACCCCACGUCUGAGAUUCGAUAUCAAAGGAUCCAAGAGGCGAUCACUCGCUGCCGCACAGAGCGUGAUGACUUGGAAAGACUCUUCCAGCAAAAGUCAUACAUCCUUGGCCCUGUUUUCGCGGCAUUUGGGUUGGUAAGGAAGCCUCUCGCAACCAUCCUAGAGAAGGACCUGACAGCAUCCUUAUCUGUCGUUGACUGGGCACUUAUCAAGAUCGAGAACCGGACCCCCGGAACAAACAAGUCUCGUGAUCUGCGACUCCCCUUACAGGACCUGAGCUUCCUACUACAUCCGUACGACUACUACAAAUGCUCCAUCCCGCCAGGAACGCGACUGAUGAAACUCGGCCACGCUACCGGAUGCACCCAGGGCAAGUACAACGCGCUCAUGGUCGCGCACAUCGCCACCGAUCCCAAAACAGGAAAAGUCACUAUCACCCAUGAGCAUAGCAUUCUGAGCUCCAACACCCGGCAAGCCAUCAUGACCAGCGGCGAUGCGGGAGCCCUGGUGUAUGAUAUUAUUGGGACGGUUCAUGGCAUGUGCUUCGGUGGGAAUUUCAUUGGAGACCAUGCGUACUUUACUCACGCUGCUGAUUUGAUGUCUGAUAUUACAAGGACGGUGCCUGGAUUACCGGAGAUUCGGCUCCUGGGGGCGGAAUUUUGA